AGGACGGACUCGCUUUUCACUGAAACAAAGUCGUACUGUGUUUUGCCUCCACAGUGGGCGACUGAUAUGGCUAAAAUUUAACUUUUAAUAUUUAACUUUUAUAGCACUGUAACUUAACAGUGCCAUUUCCGCAUUUGUCAGUAAGCUAACAGCUAGGUAAAACCUACAAUCUAUGGUUAAAACAAGUGAGUUCAUAUGGGCACAUUUACAGCCAGUUCACGGCACAAGGUAUAGAUCGGACAGAUAGGACAGCAUGGAGGAGAAGAAGGAGCUGUCAGCGAUGUAAAAAGGUAUUGUCCUGCCUGGAGUCUGUUCAUGAACAACGGCAAAUAUCUCGGCGAUGCUCAGCGCUAGCUAAGGUCUCAGAGAACUACAUUUUUUGGCCUCAUCUCCUUAACCUGGAUUUGGAGGUUUCAGCGAUGGAUUUCCACCCAUACGUUUUUGUUACUUCACAGUGAUCAUUUCACUGAUUGACUGUCCAGAUCAGCAACAUGUUUCACCACCAUGGGAUGACUGGUCAGUGUGUCUGUGGCUGUCAGUAUGUUUGCUGAAAUGUCCCACACGGAGGAAAUAUCUUAAACUAUAGCAUAACAGCAACCACAGUUGCCAUUUUCACUGUUUCAUAUUAGCAAAGUCAAACAGCAAUGGGCUUCUGUUCGCCUGUGUGCAAGGUUUUGCGAAGGGGGAAGUAUAUUGUACUGCUCUUUCUCUCGCUGUCACUUCUGGCAUGGAUUGCAACUUUUUCAGGCGAAACAGUUAAAUCCAUUCAGGUUUCCUCCGUCACAACACGAACUCUUGUCAAAGAAGACAGUCUAAGGGAUAAACUUAACUCUUGGACUGCAGCACCUGCUCGCUUAAAUACUCCACCACCAAAAGGCGAAUGCCCUCAGGAGUCACCAUUGCUACAAGGAGCUGUGAAGCUGUCCUUUGAGUCCUCUCUGAAACUGAAGGAUGUGGAGAGUGAGAACAAAGGAGUGACUGAAGGCGAGUAUGAGCCCAAAGACUGUACAGCGAGGCAGAGCAUAGCGAUCCUCAUCCCUCAUCGCAACCGAGAGAGACACCUCCUCUACCUCCUGCACCACCUGCACCCCUUUCUGCAGAGGCAGCAACUACAUUACGCCAUUUAUGUCAUCCAGCAGGCUGGUAGUGCAACCUUUAACCGUGCCAAGUUACUGAAUGUUGGGUAUUUGGAAGCACUGAAGGACUACAGUUGGGAGUGUUUCAUCUUCCAUGAUGUUGACUUGGUUCCUGAAAACGAUCACAAUUUAUAUGUCUGUGACAAGCAGCCCAAACACUUGGUGGUGGGCCGCAAUGCCACAGGAUACAAGCUGCGUUACAAAGGCUACUUUGGAGGAGUCACAGCCAUGACCAAAGACCAGUUUCUUCAAGUGAAUGGAUUCUCAAACACUUACUGGGGUUGGGGGGGCGAAGACGAUGACCUUCGCAUCAGGGUUGAGCUGCAGAAAAUGAAGAUUGUGCGACCGCCGGCUGAUGUAGCUCGCUAUACCAUGGUGUUUCACAAACGAGACAGCGGCAAUGAAAUAAACAAGGACAGGAUGAGGUUAUUAGGACGAACACCACAGGUAUGGAGAAAGGAUGGACUCAACAGCUGCUCAUAUAAGACUUUGUCAGUAGAGAGGCUGCCUCUUUAUGUGAAUGUUACUGUGGAUAUUGGUAAGCCACAGAGUUGAGAUUUCAAACAAGAACCCCUGCUGUGACCAAAAAAUAUUUUAUGAUAUACUUUAUACAGUAUGCCAGGCCUCUGAUGGCAGAAAAGCCACUACAUAUGUAAAACACAACACAUUAAGCACACAAAAUGCACAUUGUUUUGAUUAGUUUUUCAUAUUAAAAUUGAGUUCAGGUGGCAACUGCAUUAGCUGGUAUGUCUUUGCAUAUUUUUGCAUAUCAUGCUUAAUUUCUUCAUAUUAUUACCUGGCUUUCUUCAUAAUGUGUCUGGGAAGCAGAAUUCCAAAAAUUAAAAUAAAACAGUUUUAUUUUUCUUUCAAGGAAUGAUUGGCUUAGAUCAAAUUAAGAAGUUGGCCAUAAAUAUUCCUGGUACUCAAACUAUGUUGUUAAAACAACAAGCUGUCAGACUUCAAUUAAUUUAUGCCUUAUUAUUUGCCUGCAUGAUAUAUUACAGCGUAAAACAUGCUGUUUUAUAAAAAGCCUGUUACACAUGGACAGUGUGUAUUUUGUGUGCUUCAUUCUGUGGAUACAUUGACUACAGACACAGGUGUUGUCGUUUAUUUUGCCCGAGCAGAGGAUUUAUAAGCCAGAUAACAGAGCACCAGUGUAGGUGUGCAGAGCCUAUAAGAGUAAGUUAAUGCUGAGGUUUCUUGAACUCAAGGCUAGUAGAUAUGUUUUAUUGAAACUGACAUGUUCAUGACAAAAUGUAGACAAUGAGUAAUCUGAAAUAAAAUUAACACUGGAUCAGUUCACAAGAAUAAUAUAAUAAUAAUAAUAAUAAUAUAAUAUUAAUUGAUUUUUUUUUUUUUCAAAACAAACUAACAGCAAUAGAGCAACAGGCUUUUAGAGUACCUACAAAAAUCCCUCUUAGACUGACCAUUAUUUUAUUUUAUACAGUGUUGAAGCACAGUGGAUGUGAUGAGGUCUUUUUUUAGAUCAACGAAAAGGAUAUAAACAGAUUAUCAUUUAAUCUAAGUUAGGUUUAAUUUAUCUUCAUUAUCCAAAUCUAAAAUUUCUGGUGCUUGUUCAUAGAAGACAAAGUGAACAUAUCAGUGAAAUUCUAGAAAUCUUAAUAAUGCUAGAUAUCUGAGGUCUUCCUCUUCUCAAACUCAUAAAGUGAACAUAAUUACUUUGGGUAUAAAGUUACAAUAUAGUUUUGCAUCAGUCUUUCAUCAGACAACAGAUGAACCUUGAGGAAAAAAAAACUCAAGGACCACUGAAGCAAUAACAAUACAUGGAAGGCUGAUAUCAAGUGAUAUUAAAUUUCAAUAUUAUUUAAAAAAAAAAAAAAAAAGG